AUGUACACUGAGGUCAAAGAGCUCGUAAACUUUUUGGCCAAGUACCUUAUAGGGAAAAUCCCACGCAGACCGGCCAGCCUCACGUGCCAACUUGCCAACUUCCUAAUCUGUCGCUUUCGAGAGCACAAGUGGGACUUGAACGACCCGUCGAAAGAUGAACAUCAUCGUGUCAUUCGCUCGAAAGUGAAAGGGUUCACCGAUCAGCUGUCAUAUCCAUAUCGCUGCAACUGA